CGGCAGCACUUGCACAGCCGGAGCACACCCCAUCACACACACUGGCACAGCCACGGGCAGCAGGCCGAGCUUCCCCGUGUGCUGGGGCAGCGGCCGAUCUCUGCCGCAAGGCCAAGCGGGAAAAGAUUCCUGUGCCAAGCCAUGGAAUAAUCCAGGUCGUUCGCAGAAACAACGGGGAGCUGUGCUAAUACUUCUGACUCCUCAUAUCUGUGGCUCCAAAGUAGAACAACCUCGCCUGUUCCUCGCCUUGGCCUGCAGGGGAGUAGCUGAAUGCCAGGAGGAGCUGGGAUCGGACUCUGCUCCCGAGGACAGGCCGGGUUUGUUCCGGGGCACAGAUUGUCCCUCCUUCCUUACAGGAAAAAGGACCCAGGGAGCAGAGUGAAGACUGUUCCUCAUUUGAUUUUACCAGGCAGGAGAAAAGGCUUGACAGCUCAGCCCACCUCAACAUCUGCUGGUGCCAAAAGGAUCCCAGGAAUAGCAUCUGAGGAGUUUGUUUGGUCUGGCUUGUUUUUUGUUUUCUUUUAGAGAAAAUGUUUGCAGCCUAUUUUGAUUGCCCAGGAGGCCCAGAAAAUCUCUAUAUGAAAGAAGUGAUGAAACCAAAUCCAGGAGAAGGAGAAGUUCUUGUGAAGGUCUCUGCCAGUGCUCUGAAUAGAGCCGAUUUACUCCAGAGGAGAGGGAAGUACCCUCCCCCCAAAGGAGCAAGUGACAUUUUAGGCCUGGAAGCAGCUGGGAGCGUGGCUGGGCUGGGUCCCGGCUGCUCGGGCCGGUGGAAGAUCGGUGACGCAGUGAUGGCUCUGCUCCCCGGGGGAGGCCAGGCACAGUACGUGACAGUGCCCGAAGGCCUCCUGAUGCUGAUUCCCAAAGAUAUGACUUUUAUCCAGGCUGCAGCCAUUCCUGAAGCCUGGCUAACAGCAUUUCAGCUGCUCCACUUUGUAGGUAAAGUACAGGAGGGUGAGAAAGUGUUGAUCCACGCUGGAGCCAGCGGGGUUGGCAUGGCAGCCAUUCAGCUGGUGAGGCUGGCAAAGGCCAUUCCCAUUGUGACAGCAGGAACUCAGGAGAAACUGGAAGCAACAGCAAAUGCUGGAGCAGCUGCAGGGUUCAACUACAAGAAUGAAGACUUCAGUGAAAAGGUCUUGGAGUUCACCCAAGGUUCUGGAGUAGAUAUUAUUUUAGAUUGUGUUGGGGCCUCAUACUGGGAGAAGAAUCUCAACUGUCUGAGCACCGAUGGCCGGUGGAUUAUAUAUGGACUGCUGAGUGGAGGUCAAGUCCAUGGGGAUUUGCUGGCAAGGCUGAUUUCCAAAAGAGCCAGCAUCCACACGAGCCUGUUACGGUCCCGAGACAAGGAGUACAAGGAGCGGCUGCUGGGAGCCUUCACAGAGGAGGUGCUGCCCCAUUUUUCCGGGGGGGCUUCCCCGCGUCUGCAGCCCCUCGUGGACAGCGUUUACCCCCUGCACGCCAUCGCUGAGGCACACAGAGCCAUGGAAGAAAACAAGAACAUCGGCAAAAUCGUCAUCGAAAUUCCCGUUUGCUUCAAGAAAGGGCCGCAGCAGUAGCUCCUGUGGGACAGUCACUGCGGGGGCUGCACUGCGGCCGUCCUGCCGCUUCUGCUCCGCACCGGGACCGAUUCACGUGGGUGGCGAGGAGGGGGAAAGGAUAAGGAGGAAGCGUUUAUUAAAGAGGUUCAUGUGGCAAUUCUGACACCUCGGAGCGAACGUGAGGGGCCGGGGCCGGGGCU